UGCUGUUAAUGUUGUCAAAUAUGUCACCAUGUCAACAAAUAAAAAUGACCUGAGGAAGUGAGUCAUGCCUGAUUAUUUCUUUGGGUCAUAUCUAAUUUAGACGAUACAUAACAAUAUCUCGUAUCUAUUUUAAAAGGUUAGAGAACACAUUUGAACCUAAUCACAAUCAAUUAUUGACAUUUAAUUCUAGUCAAAAUGUCAGAAAGAAGAGUACAGAAAAUGUAUUCUCGUGGUUCUAGUUUAGAGUGGGAUUCUGUUGAAAUGGAUAGGUACUGGAAGCCUGUGUUUGAUAAAUAUGAUUUAGAUAAGGAUGGGUACAUUCCUCUAGUGUAUUUUAAAACUGUUUUGAAAUCAAGUGAUGAGUUCAGAGCUGAUUUUCCAGAUGAAGUUAUUAAUGAAGUUUUAGAAUGGGCUGAUAUCAACAGUGAUGGUCGUCUAAGCUAUGAUGAGUUUCUUAGAAUGAUAUAUGCUCGAGAAUUAGGAGAAGCACGUCCAAGAUUUCAAAGAUUUGUGCGAUUUGCUGCCCUAACUGUUGUACCAAGAUCUCAACAAGCAAUAACUGUUCGACGCUACUUCGAAGAAUAUAAUUGUUAUCCUCCACCUAUAUUUCUUCUCUUAAUUAGUUUAGUAGAGAUAGGUGUUUUUAUUUACUAUUGUGUCCAGUAUCAAGAGUUAAGUGCAUCACGACCUGUACCUAUUGAAAGUCCUCUAAUCUAUAAUCCUUACAGAAGAUAUGAAGCAUGGCGAUACCUCACUUACAUGCUAAUACAUGCUGGUGGAGUGCACAUCUUUUUUAAUCUUCUGAUACAGUUAAUUUUGGGUAUUCCACUUGAAAUGGUACACAAAGGAUGGCGAGUUAUGCUAGUGUACGUUGGCGGAGUGAUUGCUGGAUCUUUAGGAAGUUCUCUUGUUGAUCCUGGGACUUAUUUAGCUGGUGCAUCUGGUGGUGUCUAUGCUUUAAUAUCUGCUCAUUUAGCUAAUGUUAUCAUUAAUUUCAAAGAAAUGACCUUUGGCUGGAUUCGGCUUAUUGGAUUACUGAUUUUUGGUGGAACUGACAUUGGUGUUGCCCUUUACUCAAGGUAUGUAGAGAAUGAGAAGAACAGAACAAGUUAUGCUGCCCAUUUUGCUGGAGCUCUUGCUGGAUUAAUGAUUGGACUUGUCUGUUUAAGAAAUCUGAGAGUACACAAGUGGGAAAAAAUAUUAGGUUGGGUUUUAUUUGCAGUCUUCGUUCUUCUUAUGCUUUUUGCUAUUUUAUGGAAUAUUUUUGCUACAUCCUUUUAUCCCGUUCAAAAGUAUAAUUAAUCGUUUUAUUAUUAACCACAUAAUAAUAAAAUUUUUAUUUGGUCAGCCCCCGAAAUUUAUUUUUUUUAAAUCAGUUUAAAAUAAUAGUAUUAUAUAUUCUAAUUUAUGAGUUAUGUUUUUAUGUUAAGUACUUAAUAUGUUAUGUGUCACAAUUUGUUCUUAGUUUUGAUUUAUGUCAAAUUUUGUGUGAAGAAUACUUAAAAAUGAAUUACAGAUUUAUGUAUUACUAACUUUUUAUGCUCAAUUUUAACUGUGCAUCUAAGAUGAAUUACACAGUAUUAUAUUUUGCACCAAAUAUUGAGUAUUUUUUAUCUUUGUACUGUUAUUAUAAUGUGAAACAUGUUACAAUUUGAGGAAUGUUUUUAUCAACCUAUUAUUAUUAUUAUUAUCUUUAAUCUUUUCUGGUAUUCUCUCCGGUGAUUGUUUUUGUGCUAUUUAUAUUCUAAUAAGAUAUUUUGUGUUUUUUUUUUCACAAAAUGUAUGAAAAUACUACAAUUUUACAAAGUUAUUGCACCUGUUUUUCACAAAAAUGUGUAACAUUCACCCGCAUUUUAAAAUAGCACUUGUAGUUGAAACUAAGUAUAAAAUACUAAUAAACUAUUGUUUUUAUAUUUGGCUAUUUAUUUUAAUUGUUUUUAUGUAGUAUAACUACUUCAUGCGAAUUGUUUUCAAUUUAAUUUCCAUAUUUUAUUAUGGGCGUUUCAGUACUUAAAAUGUGAAGCAGUUGUAUAGUAAAAAAUUAAAUUUUUUUAAUAUAAAGAUUAGUUUUUUUUAAAGCUCUUGGAAUUAUUUUACAUCUUUUAUUCAGUGAAAAUCUGUUGAUUUAUAUUCUAAUUUCUUCUUUUCUUUAUCAAUGUUGUCAUAAUGUUUAAACCAAUGUUUCCCAUCAGUUUUUAUAGCAAAACCAACAGAUUCUACAUGCAAUUUUUUCUAUAAAAGAAAAUAAACUCAUUUAUUCUAAUAAAAAUUUAAUUUAUCAAAUCAUAAUAAAUCAUUUUUGUUGAUAGCAAAGUAUUUUAAUUACUAUGAAUCUGGAGCAAAGUAUUUUAAUUACUACGAAUCAGGAAACAUUGGUCUAAAACACUUGAAGUACUAAUGUAUGUUUAUUUAAACCAUAAAUCAUUUGUAAAUUUUUAUCUGUACUAUGUUUCUCAGGGAAAAUUAGACUUAAAUCUAAGACUUAAUUUCAUACAUUUUUUGUAAUAUAAAUAAUGUGUUAGAAUGCUAUUUUAUAAUUGUUUCUCUUAUUAAUAGAUUGCUAUAAAAUAUACUUAAUUGUUUCCUAUUUUUAAAAAUUAAUAUAUUUAUCAUUGCAAAAGUAUUAGUUCAGAUUAAAAGGAGCCCAUUUACCAUAAAAUGCUCAAAAAUUUUUUUCAAAGUAUUUUUGUGUAUUUCUAUUUUCAAUGACUCGUUUCUAUAAAUGCACUAAUCUAUAAGUACAAAAAUUAGUUUAAUUUUUGUUAAAGAUGAAAGAUUUUCUCUUUUGAACUUGGUACCUUGUUAUUGUAGCGCACAAUGCAAUGUUUGUGAGCUACCUUAUUUUUCUACUAUUUUAGAACAAUGUUUUUAUUUAUUGUAUGAAAGCACUGUUUUUAUUUAUUAUAUUUUGCUUUACAUGAACAAAAUUUGACAGCAACUUAGUUGAAAAUGUUUUCUACAAAAAAUUUUAUAUUCCACAUUCAUUAUCAAAUUAAUUUUUAGAUGAUAUUUGGGUUGAAUCAUUACUAACAGAUAAUCUAUAAAUGAAUGAAAGAAUUUGGGAAGAAAUUUUUUUCUCUCUAUAUAUUUUUACCUCUUUUUUUUUCAUUUAUGAUUGUAUGAGUUCUAUUAGAACCAUGAAAUUUGAAAAUUCAUUAAAAGAAAUUAUUUUUACUCAUUACUUUUGGUAAAAAUAUUUGUAUUGCAACUGUGCAAUGAUUAGUAGUUCUUUUUAUUCAAUGGAAAAUUAUUUUAUUAAAUUAUUCUUUGUGAUAAUUUUGAAAUUUGAUUACCAAAAACUAGGCUGUUUUUUCCAAAAUUUGAAUACCAAAACAUUUACUUGAAAACAUGGCUCAAUUUUACAGUUCUUUUUUCUUAGUGUUGUAUUAUUUUGUAUGUGACUUAACAGAACCUUUACUAAGUCAUAUUUCAUUACACUAUUAAUUUCCCUAUUUUUGUUAACAAUGAAAUAAACUGAAUAUUACACAAAAAAAGUUACUUUCAUUAUUGGCCUUUGAUAUUUCCUCAUAAUAAUAUAUUUAAAAUAUUUUAGAAAUAUUGAUAUGAUAUUGCUCUACUAUUUAUAUCGAACUAUUAAUUAUUUUUCACAUACAAUUAUCUUUUGAUAUCUGAUUAUUAUAAGUGAUUGAGAAUUUGUUUUUCAGCUAGUUUUGAGUAGUCUGCUUUUACAACAAUUGAAUGCAAAAUUCGGCAUUAUAAAAAAUAAGGGGAUGAUUUUAUUUAAUCUAUUGCUUUAUUGCCCAAUGUCUGAUGAUCUAUCUCUAAAAUUAGUAUUUCAAUCUUAAUUCAUUUGUUUCAAUGUCCAUUUUUCAAUAAGAUUUUUUUUAAAUAAAUUUUCUUUCAAUCAGUGGUUUGCUAGUCAAUUAAUAUAUACAUCAAGAAUAUCUUACUAAAAUAUAUUUUGUAAACUCCAUGAUUCAACUAGUCAAAUAUUAACUUAUUUGUUGUCUGGAAUUUUGUAUUGACAUUGUAUCAGUGCUGUGUUUUCCUUUCAAUUUUAAAUCCUUCAUAAUUUAUGUACUCAAAUAUGAAUAAUUUUAAGUGUUAUGUCUGGAGUAUAAAUUCCGUUAGUAAGGGUGUUUCUUAAUAACUGCCCUUAAUAUAUAUUUUUUGAAUCCUUCUCAGAAACGAAGUAAAAUGUGUAGAUAUUAUAGAUAAUAACUUCUUUGAAGAAGGAAAACUCAUAAUAACUUUCUGAAUAAAAAAACAAUAACGUGUGAA